AUAAAAAUGGAAGAAGUAGUAAUUUUUAAAGUUAGGAAAAAAAUUAUUUUGAAUGGUUUUGCUUACACAGUUAAUCAUAAUCUGUGAAGAGUUAGGAGUAGAUAGAGCUAAAAUAGCGUUACAAGAACUAGGAGACGGGAUUCCAGGACUAAAAAAAUACAUGAACAAAUUCUAAGUAUGAAAUAAAAUAAGUACCUACACUACCUACAGGCUACAAUAGUACAAAUAGAACAAUUGUAUCAAAGUAACUGAAUACAAUUCAAAAUUCAAAUAAAUAAACAAGAUAAGGAAACGGGAAACAAGAACAAGAUAACAAUUCAAAUUGAUAACAAAAUUUGAGAAAACAGGCUAGAAGGCUGGAAACAGAAAUUGACUCUAUGUUAGUAUCAUUAAGUAAAAUAAGUACUAAUAAUCCUAUGAUGUAUAGUGACGAUGAAUCACAGUUGUUGUUGUCUGAUGAUCGAUUUGAAACUGCCACAUCUGAAAUUGAAGAGCUGCUGUCUAAGCUUAAUACAGUCAAUGAAAAAAUGGGCGAAUGGAAUUCCAAUGGGGAACAAUCUACAGUUUCACAAAACAUGCAUACUGUACAGCGUCACAGAGAUAUUUUACAAGAUUAUACUAAAGAGUUUCAAAAAAUACAAUCUAAUGUUAGAGCUCGAAGGGAAAGGGAAGAUUUGCUGCAUAGUGUUCGGCAGGACAUUGAUGGUUACAAGAAUUCUGGAACAAAAAACAGGCGUAUGGAUUUGUAUGUUAAAGAGCAUGAACAUGUACGUAAUUCAGACCGUUUAGUAUCGGAUCAGAUUGCAAUUGCAAUGGAAACCAGGGAACACUUAGUGUCGCAACGGCAUCAUUUUAAACGUUUACAAUCUAGACUUCAUGAUUUAUCAAGUAGAUUUCCUGCUCUCAACACCCUAGUUCAAAAAAUUAACAUGCGUAAAAAACGUGAUUCUUUAAUAGUUGGAGGAGUUGUUGUUAUAUGUACUUUUAUAAUACUCUUGUACACUUUUCAUUAGGAAGAUUUUCAAAUUGGUGGUUAAUAUAUAUAUAUUAUAUAUACAUGGGUAUUAAUACGAAUUUUGUUUUUAAAUAAUUACAAAGAAAUUUAUUUUA